GUUGGAGGGUGUUAUAUUUUUAGUUAGGACAGCCCCCGAACAUCUAACAGCAGGUUAAUGACUCUCAUGGUUGUAGUUCAUAGGGGCAGAGCAGCCUGCAGUGCCUCCACACAGAGGAUCACCCCUGUAAGAAGGAGCUUUGGAGCAAUUUGAAGAUGUCCAGUGAGAAGAGCCCUGAGGUGGUGGGCUGCGACGCCUCCAUCAUGAAGAACGUCUGGGAGAUCAGAGUGCGAGAGUACAGACAGAAGCUGCAGCUGGAGCAGGAACGAAUAGAGAAGAGCGCUCUGCCCUCUAUUAACCAGGACUGGGCAAAUCGUUUGGUUCCCAAACUGGGAAACUACAAAAGAGUGGAAAGGAAAACCAAAACCGCUGAGACAGACAUCAACGAUGUCUGGAAGAGCAAACAACCUCAGGUUCCUCCUGCUCUUCCCCGUGGUGCAGGUUCAGGUCCAUUCGGCAGACCAGGAGGCCAGAGCAGAGGCUUCACCACUCAAGCACCUAACUACAAGGACAAAAAGGGGCAGGACAAGAAUUUCAAGAGGUUACAGUCACUUAUGUUCAUCACCCAAACACAACCCUCUGCUAUGGUAUGGGGAAAGUCAUGGAAAUACAACAAAUGUUUGCCAUCACCAGCAGAGGGCACAGCUAGAUCAGACUGGGGCCAGUGCUGGAUGUUUGCUACCCAGCAGCCUUACUCUGAAGCAGGCAAGCCUUGGCCAAACGGGCCCAACAUGAUGGACCCUAACAGUCUUCAUCUUUGGAAGAAACCUGACUGCAGGGUGAUGGAGUCAAAAGAGCUAGAAUUAAGUCUUCCCACUGAGGAGUGGCAGAUGUCCUGGAGAAAAUCUGACAAAAACAGUAAGAAGGAGCAUACAUCUUCUGUAAAUGGAGAGAAUGUGCACAGAUCUGGAUACUUCAACUUGUUGCUGGAGACUCAGCACCUCAAAGAAGCCUUGUGCUCAUCAGAGUGGAAUGAGUCAUGGAGAUCAACCAAGCCAGCAAGUCAACAGGAAGAUUUUAGUGUUCAAAAUGAUGGUUUAGUGAACGAGUCUGUUGCUAACAAGCUAAAUGAGAAUAAUGAGAUGAGGAGGGAAGAAUGUUGGAGGAUUAUAAAUCAUCUUGGAUGCAACAAAUCCCAGUUGCCUCAAGUUCAAAAAUCUCACAGUCCAAAGUGGGCUAAUUCAUGGAGAGCAGCAACAGUAGUCUUCAACAACCACAAGAAUUCUGAUCCCUCUCUGAGGCACAAUCACAGUGAUACCUAUGAUGGUUGCAUCGAGCUAAGAAAGUCACAUCUCCAGAAAGGCACCCUUUUGUCUCAUGAGAGGAAGCACAGUGACCUGCAGUUCUACAAUGAAUUUCAGGCUCUCCCUGAGUGGAGUGAGUCAUGGCAGGUGACCAAAAACAAUUCAAAACCAUGUGAAGAAAUAGAGAAAGUCCUAAAGACCUCACCUCCAAGGGUGGAGACUGUUGUGGAGGCUCAGAAGGUGGAGGAGAACCCAAAGGGGCAUUAUUCAAAAUCAGAGAAAGCAGACCCGUACUAUGAGCAGCUGAAACAUAAUGUAAUAUAUUGUCCAAGGAGAGAACUUACCCAGUCUAAGCUGCAUCUUCUGAAACAUGUGGAAAAUGUAUUGUUUCCCUCAGAAUGGACUGACUCCUGGAAGACACUGAAACACAGAAUGAGGAUGGAGAGAAGAAGAAUGAGGUCUGACCCUUUCAGAGAGUCAGAGAAGGGGGAGUGGAAAGAUUCAUGGAAAGUCACCUGUCAGCCUCUUCAUCAGGAGCCUGAACUCUGGCAGCAGAGUUGGUCCACCACAGCCCAAAGCCGAGUAGAUAGGUCAAGGGACCAGAACCAUUUUGCGCCUGUGGAAGUCCAUAAGAAUGGACCAACUGUGAAGUGGAUGUGGGGAGAAUCAUGGAGGUUCUUACGGCACCCAUACCGUUCCGAACAUAGGCAGGACGAUGCAAAAGCCAGCCAAGGAAGCUCAAGUGUGGAUUUCCACCAUCCUGAUGAUUCACAGGCACAGAGGAGGUAUGCUAGGUCAGUUUCUGACUGGCAGGUAGCCUGGAUGGUCUCAGAAAGUCAGUUACACCAUGAUAAACCUUCCCUAACCCAGUGGAGGGAAUCGUGGAAAUGGUCUGUAUUCCACACAGAGCACUCAACUGAGCAGGUGCCUCGAGAGAAUGGGAUGGGUGACAUGAAAACCAAAAUAGCCAAAGCUAAAAUGAACUGGUCUUUUGACAACCAGAUGUUCAGGGAAAGAUACCCUGAGGAACAGUGGAGCACCUCAUGGAGAGCUGGGUCACUUAUCAACCAUCAACUGAGUCAUUAUGGAUCUUCAGGAGUACCUGGGAAAAACAUAAGCAGCGCUCCUCAGCAGCAACAUACCAUUGCCAGUGAGCAUGGGUCUAAAUGGGGCAGGUCAUUCAGACUUGCCAACCCCAUGCCCCAUGUGGAACAACCCUGGGUGGAGUCCUCUCCUAACCUGUGUCACUAUACAGUUAUGUGGUUAAGAGUAAAGAACAUACAAAGUAAAAUCACCAACUUUAGCAACAACCCUGCAAUCUUCAGGCUUUGGGGAAACUCUCAUCAGUUCCUACAGGAGCCCAGUGCACAGAUCAAAGGCAGAAUUAAGUCUAAGGAGCUUGUUGACCCCAGGGUGAUUAUAGCAAAGAACACCAAAACAAGAAGGCACUUGUUCUUCAACACUGAAAAGGAGAAACAAUCAGAGAGGAAGUGGGCAGGAUGCCACCUUUUGGGUAAAACCCAACCACGUCCCAAGAAAGGCUCUGCUUCAGUAAGGAAGAUUAAGGUGGAUGAUGAAACCAAAGAGAAGUUCUUGGAAGAGUGGGCAGAGUCUUGGAGGUUCUUGGUCCACCCUGGUAGUCUGAAGAAGCAGAUCCCUAUGAAGUCCCUCUCAGGCUGGACUGAGUCAUGGAAGUUUCUGCUCCCACUGUGAUGAAUGGCCCCAAGGCCAAAUAGAAUGUUCAAUACCAUGUUCAGGAGCACUAUGACACAACACACACACACACACACACACACACGCACACGCACACGCACACACGCGCACGCACGCACGCUUAAGAUGACAAUCAAAACUCCUAAUUAUGAUCUAACCAAAACAAAAAAAAUAAGAUAAGAAUGUUUGAAGAAGGCAAAUGUAAGUUGAGUUUUGUACAGGGAUGUUGAAAGAUUUGUAAUAUUUAAGAUGGAAGGACAAAUGUUCAUGAAGGUAAAUUCUUGUGUUUAUGAUAGUGGAUGUGAAGGAAAUGACUGUAUUUUGA